AAGUGCCUCCUCCCGCUCCUCUCCACGCCAUCCCGUAUUCGACGGCUUACCUACCCACUUUACUAUCCGGUGUGGAACAUCCCACAAUACGACGUGAUUCCUUAUACGCACCUGGAUGAGUUGUUUCUAGUGGGAGCCUCCGAUCCAAGGAAACCUGUUCCGGAUAUCCAAAAUGUUACUAGGCUUCGUUUGCUUGUGAUCACCCCCUGGCACUGGAAUCUGGCGGAUAAAGGCAAACACUACGACGAGCUGACAGAUUGGCUCAUACACCUGCUACACAAAGCCCAAGGGGGGUGCUUAAAGGAGGUCGAAUUGGAGUAUGACCUGAUUGGCAUAUCUGGGAGUCCGCACAAGUGGGCAGAGCUCGAUGCAGUUCUAUCGAAGAUGGAAUUGACCAAGGUUGAGCUCGUGUUAAGCGCAGCCCCGCACGAGUGGUGGAG